UCUGAAGCUCAGGGAAAAAGAAGGGAUCAGUGCUCCUUAUAGACAGUUAAAAAUAGUUAUAAAACAUUAACUUAUAUAACUUAUUUCAACUGAAAUGAGACUGUCGCUUGAGAAGUUGAUGAAGGUUGACUCUUUUCUGCUUCUGGAUUAAAUGAGAGAUUUUUCAGUACACUGUUCAGAAAAUUAGGACCUGAAGGCAAUAAAUGCCCCUGCUUCCAUUAGAGAUAUUCAGUCUCACCCUAACAGAUGGCAUUUACACAGAGCCAUUUGACAGCAACACUUCUGACCUCCAUCCUGGGAGCAGUGCUCGGUCCCCUGCAGAUUGGCUACCAUACUGGCAAUGUCAAUGCUCCAGCCAAGAUCAUUGAAGAGUUUUUCAACUGCACAUGGAGAGCCAGACACAACCAGUCAAUGACAGAUCACAGCCUGACUCUACUGUGGUCACUUUCAGUCAGUAUGAAGGACUUUGGAGCUUUGCUGGGGUCUCUAGGAGUUAAAUACCUGGCAGAUUCAUAUGGCAGACGUAACUCCAUCCUGAUUGCUAACUGUCUGUCGGUGGCAGCAGCGUGUAUUAUGUUUGCCUCAAAAGAAAGUGAAUUGUUUGAGGUUCUCAUCCUGGGACGGAUGGUGUUUGGCCUGUUCUGUGGUCUUGUAAUGAGUCUCAACCCCCUUUACAUCCAGGAAGUGUCCCCUACCAAUCUGAGAGGAGCCUUUGCCACACUGAACCAAGUGUCAUUAGCCUCUGGCACACUGAUAGGGAUGGUGGCUGGUCUGGAAACAACACUGGGCACAAAGAGUAACUGGGCGAUGAUGCUGUCCCUGUCUCUUAUCCCAGCCCUGACACAGUAUCUGGUACUGCCUUUCUGCCCUGAAAGCCCUCGCUACCUCCUGAUAAACCAGGGAGAGGAAAGGAAAGCAGAGUCUGCCCUGCUGAGACUGAGAGACCAUGCUGACAAGGUGUCCUGUGAACUGGAAGAAAUGAAAGAAGAGGCUGCACACACCCAGACUGGGGUCACCAUCUGUGAUUUCUUCCAGAAACAGAGCUACAAGCAGCCAAUCCUUAUUGUUCUCCUUGUCAAUUUAGGAAGCCAGCUUUCUGGAUUCAAUGCAAUUAUCAACUACUCCACUAAAAUGUUCCAGGCCAAGUUUGAUGAUGCCAAAUAUCUGACUUUGGGUGUGGGAGUUGUCAAUGUCAUCUUCACUUUGGUUGCAUUCUACUUCAUGGAGAGGGCAGGGAGGAGGAAGUUGUUGCUGAUUGGUUUCCUCUCCAUAGCAGUGUGCAAUUUACUUAUGACCAUAGUUGAUUCUGUUCUGCAUCUGGUCCCAGUACUGCGGAGCCUGCAGGUCCUGCUGGUGUUUUGUGUCAUCUCAGCUUACGAACUGGGCCCUGGUCCCAUCUCCUGGUUCAUUGCUGCUGAACUGUUCGACCAGCCUGGGAGACCUAUAGCCAUGGCCUUUACCAGCAUGGUCAACUGGGGAGGGAAGUUUGUCCUUGCACUUCUCUUUCCUCCUUUACUGAAACUCUGUGGGGCAUACGUCUACUUGAUUUUCAUGGCUGUGGCUCUGCUCGCCUUUGCCUUUACGUGGCUCCGCCUCCCAGAGACAAAAGGCCGCACGUUUGAUGACAUUGCAGAGGAGUUCAGAGGAGCGGACGGAAUCCCGCUACACAAUAGCAGUGGAUUCAACACUUUCACCUGAAGAGCCACUCAUUCCUUCUUGAUGAUAAGCAGCCUAGCCUGCCAAAAUAAAAAAAAUAGAUUUCUCAAAUAUUGCUGAAAUACUACAAUAACAUUUUCAUGUUUUUGAUUUUGUUUUGUGUGGGAUUUAUCAUUACCUUAAAUUGCAUUUCUCCUUUUAAUUAAACAUAUAGCAAAAAGAAAUGUACAGCUGUUAUCAGUGCAAGUCGCCAUUAUGUAAGCAAAACAAAACUAAUUUGACUCCAGGUGCACUGCUGGUUUUUAUUCUUGCUGGAAAGGUCUGACAUAAUCAGAAUUUCCAACAAUAUUAUUCUGAAAUAUACAUAACAGCUUAAAUUAA